AUGCGCCGCGGCGAGUUCCUCGUGCCCACGUACCAGAUCGAUCUCUUCUGGCACACGCACAUCCUCGACUCCGGCGCCGCCUACGCGGCGGACACGGCGCGGCUCGGCGGCUUCGUGCUGCCGCACGACGACAGCGUCAACGACCGGUCGACGCCCGAGACGAAGCUCAACGUGCAGUUCCGGCGCACGUGCGCGCUCUGGGCGGCGACGCGCCGCGAGGCCUACGCCGUCGACGGCGCCAUGUACCGCGGCGAGCCGCCGCUCGAGUACGGCGACGCCGACUGGCUCCCGGUGGACGCGGAGCGCGCGGAGCUCCGCUGGCGGCUACUCCGCGAGGCCAUGGGCGGCGACGAGGACCGCGCCGGCGGCGGCGCGCCGUCGACGGUCGACGCCGUCGCCGUGCCCGUCGUCGAUCAGGUCGCCGGGGACAUGGCGGCGCUCGCCGUCGCCGUGCCCGUCGCGGCCGGCGACAACGGCGCCACCCCCUUCCGCGCCGGCGGCUGGGAGUGCGCCGACGACGCCGGCGGCUGGAUCCCCUACGACGCCGCGAGCUCCGCGGCCAUCGACCAGGCCGAAGGGCAAGGCGCCGGGUCCACGGCGACGAUCCGCAUCGGCGCGAGCACCUACGCCGCGGACCCCUGGGCGCUCACGCAGACGAACGUCGCCACGGGCUUCCGCCGCGCGAUCCGCCGGAAUCCCGGCGCGGCCCCCGUCUCCGGCGCUGCCGUCGUGUCGUCGACGCCCCCUACCUUUGCGUACGCGCCGACGUGGUCCUACAAACACGACGGGGCCUGGUGCGCGUUCGACGGCGGGGCCCAGGCUUCGCUCGAGCAGGCCUUCCGCGCCAAGCCCGUCCCGCCGCGGGGCACGGUGCACCUCCCGGCCGCCGGCGCGACCUACAUCGUCGACCUCGACCACUGGACGCAGACGAACGCGGCGACGGGCACGACGCGCCGCGUGCACCGCGCGGGCCUGCCCUGGUGGGAGUUCGCCGGGCAACUCGGGGCAUUCGAGCGCUACGACGCCGUGUCGAACGCGGCCGUCAACGAGGCGCUACUCGCGGGCGUGACCGGGGUGCGCUACACGGGCGGCAACGGCCAGACCUACGCCGUCGACCUCCGGCUCCGGCGGCAAGUCAACGUCGCCACGGGCGUGACGCGGCAGAUCCGGGAGGCGCCCGACUUCAUCGCGGCCGCGGACCGCAAGACCGUCGCGCGCGGCACGCAAGCGAACCCGCUGCGCGAGGGCUACGUCUUCGGCGCCGGCGCGUCGGGCGACGGCUACUACCGCAUCGGCACGGCGCUCGGCGACGCGCUCCUCCGCACGCGGCUCGAGAGCAAGCUCACCUACGCCAAGGGCAAGGCGAAGACGGCCAAGAGGAUGAGCCUCGUCUACUCGAAGACGACGAUCAAGAAGCGCGCGGACGCCGUCGAGGAGCUCGAGGCGCUCCUCGCGUCCGGCGACUUCUCGAAGGUCAAGGCCGACCGCGAGGCGCACGCGCGGGCCGCGCGCGGGAGCGCGGCCGCCGGCGGGGCCGCCGCGGCCUGCGGGUCCUGCGGCGGCGGCGCGUGCGCGUCCUGCGGCGGCGGCGCGUGCGGCGGCGCCGCGGCGGCGGGCUGCGGCGGCGGCGGCGGCGGCGGCGGCUGCGGCGGGGGAGGCUGCGGCGGCGGCGGCUGCGGCGGCGGCGGCUGCGGCGGCGGCGGCUGCGGCGGGGGAGGCUGCGGCGGCGGCGCGCCGGGCGACAUCUUCCUCAUCUCGCUGGGCGUCAUGGUGCGGCUGCUCCUCGUGGCGUCCGUCGGCGCCUACGCGGCGACGCGGCCCAAGGGCGGCCCGCCGCUGCUGCCCGAGGCGGCGAUCCAGCAGCUGAGCCGCUUCAGCGCCGUGUGCCUCAUCCCGUGCAUCAUCGUCGACUCCAUCGGGUCGUCGGUGUCGGUCGAGCUCCUGCGCCAGUCCGUCGCGCUCGUCGUCUACGGCCUGGUCACGAUCGGCCUCGGCCUCGGCUACGCGCGCCUCUGGGGCGCCGUCGUGCUGCCCGCGGAGCUGCGCGAGACGUCGCUCUGGCGCGUCGCGGCGCUGGCGUCGGGGUUCCCGAACAUCGUCGCCGUGCCUCUUGUGAUCGUCGCGACGGUCUGCGAGCGCGACGAGGUCCGGGACGACUUCGACGACCGCGACGAGUGCGCGAAGACGGGCGCGGCGUUCAUCUUCAUGAAUUCGUUCGUCUGGUCCAUCGUCUUCUUCACCUUCGGCGUCGCGCGCCUCGCGGCGAUCAAGGCGCGGCGCGGCGGCGCGGGGGACGCGCCGCGGCCGCCGCCGCCGCGGGGCGGGCCGCUCGUGAAAUUCUUCUCGGAGCCCGUCAACGCGGCGCUCGUCGUCGGCACGGCCGUGGGCAUGGCGCGGCCGCUGCAGAAGGCGCUGUUCGUCUCGCGGACGUCGCCGCUGCGGGCGCUGGGCGGCACGAUCGAGCUGCUCGCGUCGCCGGUGGUGUGUUUGGCGAUUUUGAUCACGGGCGCGUCCUUCGCGAACGUCGAGUUCGACAGCAUCGGCAGCGACGACGCCGCGGUCGCGGGCCCGAAGGAGGAGGCCAAGGCGCUCGCGGCCGCGGACCCGGAGCUCGUCGAGGCGGCGCCGCCGGCGAAGAAGUCGGCGCUCGACGCGCUCCGGGGCGUCCGGCCCAUCGUCGCGGGCUUCAUCCUCGUGCGCCUCGUCUUCGUCCCCGCGACCGUCGUCGCCCUCGAGACGCUCCUGCCCCGGGCCCUGCCCCAGAAGCCCAUCGGCCGCCUCAUCCUCCACGUGUCCAGCGGCAUGCCGAGCGCGCAGAUCCUCAUCAUCCUGCUCCACAAGUUCGGCAUGAGCCGCGCGGCCGCGGACAUCUCCUUCCUCUUCGUCUUCCAGUACGCCGCCUCCAUCCUCACCAUGACCGUGCUCAUCUCCCUCUCCCUCCAGGUCGUGUAUUAG